AUGUUUGGUUUCGGUGGUGGUAAUAGCGGAUUCGGAAAUAAACCAGCUGGUUCGACCGGAUUUUCGUUUGGACAAAGUAAUAGUGCAACCUCUCAGCCUACAAAUUCUGGAUUUGGCUUUGGAGGUAGCCAGCAAAACAAUACGUCUACUGGUGCAAAUACAACUGGGGGAUUUGGCGUCGAUCAAACCACAAAUACCUUUGGGGGCAAUCAACAGAAUAGUGCUGGAGGUGGCCUUUUCGGUAAUAAACCUGCUUUUGGUGGCCUGGGAAGCUCAAGUACGAGCGCUUCGGGAACUACAGCUGCUGGAACAGGCUUGUUCGGCCAACAAGCCGCUCAACCCCAGCAACCGACCACCGGCGGUGGAUUAUUCGGAAACAAACCAACUACCACAGCCGGGGGUCUUUUCGGUAAUACAGGUCAGAAUAACAACACUACGGGUGGAGGUUUAUUUGCUAACAAAUUGGGGUCCACUGGACCACUGAUGGGCAAUAAUAAUGUGCAAAACACUUCUGCUAUGAAUGGUGGACUCUUUGGCGCCAAACCUCAAAACACUACACCGGCUACGGGAGGCUUGUUUGGUAGUAAGCCACAAGGUUCGACGGCUGGUGGCAGCUUGUUUGGAAACAACACUCAAAAUAGCAAUACUCUUGGAGGAAGUGGUCUCUUCGGCCAAUCCCAGCAGCCUCAAACAAAUACUGCAUCUGGAUUCGGAAAUGCGGUAUCCACGCAACCAUCUUUCGCUUGGUCCAAACCCCCAGCCGAAACUAAUAUGCAACAGCAGCAGCAACAAUUUCCAGUACCGUUACAACAAACACAAGCGAUCGUCCAACAGCAGCAGCAACUUUCUAACUAUCCCCAGCAAAUCCAGGAGCAAGUGCUCAAAUGUAAGGAAUCAUGGGAUCCUAACACAACUAAAACAAAAUUGAGAGCGUUUGUGUACAACAAAGUGAAUGAAACAGAAGCCAUUUUAUAUACCAAGCCGGGACGAGUACUCCAAGAGGAAUGGGACCAAGCAAUGGAAAAGAAACCGUCCUCUCAAACAAUUCCUAUCCAGAUAUAUGGGUUUGAAGGCUUGAAUCAACGUAAUCAAGUGCAAACUGAAAAUGUCGCGCAAGCUAGAAUAAUUCUGAAUCAAAUUUUAGAAAAAUCCACACAGUUGCAACAAAAGCAUGAAUUGGACACUGCUUCCAGGAUUCUGAAGGCACAAUCAAGGAAUGUUGAAAUCGAGAAAAGGAUCUUGAAACUAGGUACACAGUUGACAAUUCUGAAAAAUAGGGGACUACCAUUAGGAAUCGCUGAAGAGAAGAUGUGGUCACAAUUCCAAACUUUACUACAACGCAGUGAAGAUCCUGCUGGAUUAGGUAAGACCAACGAACUUUGGGCACGUUUAGCUAUCCUGAAAGAGCGUGCCAAGAACAUUUCCAGCCAAUUAGAUAGCAAAUUAAUGGUUUUCAAUGAGGAUGCUAAAAACCAAGAGAACAUGCUUCAAGGCACCAAUGAAGAAUCCAAUGAUCGCAACAAUAAAAUAGUGGAAAUUCUGACGAACCAGCAGCGCGGCAUAACGUACUUGAACGAAGUUUUGGAAAAGGAUGCCGCAAUGGUGAAAGAGUAUACAAAUAAGACGUAA